AUGAACACCUCAGAGCAGAUUCAUGUCUCCUCAAAUAGGAGAGUUGAGUCAGCGAUCAUCGCUUCUGUAUUUGCUCUUAUCUUUGUGCUCGGCACGGUGGGUAAUUGCCUGGUCCUCGCUGUCCUGCUUCGCAAUGGCCAGAUGAACUCCAAGACGACCAACAUGUUCAUCCUGAACCUGGGUCUUGCUGAUCUGUGCUUCAUCCUGUUUUGCGUUCCACUCCAGGCCACCAUCUAUGCCAUGGACGAGUGGGUGUUUGGAGCGCUGCUGUGUAAAGUGGUGCACUUUAUUAUCUUUCUGACCAUGUAUGCCAGCAUCUUCACACUUACUGCUGUCUCUCUGGACAGAUAUUUAGCCAUUUGCUACCCACUUCAUGCCAGAGAACUUCGAACACCACAUAACACUCUGGCCUCCAUCGGAGUGGUGUGGACCCUCUCGCUGGUGUUCUCCAGUCCCUACUUUAGCUACUACCAGCAGAUGGAUCUAAAUGGCACUACUGUGUGCGUCCCUGCCUGGGACAUUCAGAACCGCAGAGCUAUGGACAUUUGUACUUUCGUAUUUGGCUAUCUAAUUCCCGUCUUGGUCCUUUGUCUCACAUAUGCCAGGACCAUCCGCUACUUGUGGACCAGCGUAGACCCCAUGCAGGAAGCAUGCGAGAGUCGCCUCGCCAAACGCAGGGUGACCAAGAUGAUUGUGAUUGUGGCAGUUCUGUUUUGCCUCUGCUGGCUGCCACACCACCUCAUCAUCAUGUGCAUGUGGUUUGGCCAUUUUCCUCUCAACCACACCACCUAUGUGCUACGCAUUCUUUCACAUCUAGUGGCUUACACCAACUCCUGUCUCAACCCCAUCGUGUACGCUCUGGUGUCCAAGCACUUCCGCAAAGGUUUCCGAAAGGUGUUUGGGUGUGCGGCACAGAAACGGUUGGCCAAUCAGGUCAACAAUGCUCCACAGGCACAGACGUUGAGUCUGGUUGAAGUCGGAUCGAGCGAUGGGUCCAACCACAGUGACGGAUCAGCUAGGGUUCGAUUCUUGAGCAAGAGUGAUAAGAAGACAACGAUGAGUGCAUUCAUGACUUUCAAUGUUACUUAA